UGCACUUCGCCACCGCCAUUUUUGUUGUUGUGGUGUACUGGGAGCCCUACCUUCACAGAUCUGGAAAAAUCAGCGUUUUAUUUUAAGUGUUUAUCUUCUUUUUCUGUCUUUUGUGUCUUUAGAGUUCUUAUAAGUAAACUUGAAACACAAAGAAAGCAACAUGGCGCAGUACAAAGGAGCUGCCAGCGAGGCCGGGAGAGCCAUGCAGCUGAUGAAAAAACGAGAGAAAGAAAGAGAGCAGUUGGAACAACUGAAGCAGAAGAUUGCAGAGGACAACAUGGUCAAGUCCAACAUUGAUAAGAAAUUCUCAGCUCACUAUGAUGCGGUGGAGGCAGAGCUGAAGUCCAGCACAGUUGGUCUGGUGACACUGAAUGAUAUGAAGGCCAAGCAGGAGGCGCUGGUGAAGGAGAGAGAGAAGCAGCUGGCCAAGAAGGAGCAGUCCAAGGAACUACAGCUCAAGCUUGAGAAGCAGAAAGAGAAGAAGAGAAAGGAAGAACAGAAGAGGAAAAUAGCCAGUUUAUCGUUUAAUCCCGAAGAUGAAGAAGAUGAAGAGGAAGAUGAAGAAGAAGAGCAGGAUUAUUCUCCAGUAAGGAAGAAGAAACUGGGGAAAAAUCCAGAUGUGGACACAAGUUUCCUUCCUGAUCGAGACAGAGAGGAGGAGGAGAAUCGUCUCAGAGAGGAACUCAGGCAGGAGUGGGAGCUCAAACAGGAGAAGAUUAAGAGUGAGGAGAUAGAAAUCACAUUCAGCUACUGGGAUGGAUCUGGACAUCGUAAGACGGUCAAGAUGAAGAAGGGCAAUACCAUCCAGAACUUCCUGCAGAGGGCCCUGGAAGUCCUGAGGAAGGACUUUAGUGAGCUAAGGUCUGCUGGAGUAGAACAGCUGAUGUACAUCAAAGAGGAUCUGAUAAUCCCACAUCACCACAGUUUUUAUGACUUCAUUGUGACCAAAGCCAGAGGCAAAUCUGGUCCUCUUUUCAGCUUUGACGUCCACGAUGAUAUUCGACUGGUGAAUGACGCCACAGUAGAGAAAGACGAGUCUCAUGCAGGUAAAGUGGUGCUAAGGAGCUGGUAUGAAAAGAACAAGCACAUCUUUCCUGCUAGUCGCUGGGAGCCAUACGACCCUGAGAAGAAAUGGGACAAAUAUACGAUCCGGUGAAGCAGCUGUCUUCUUCUGUCUCUGGAAUCCUUAAUGCAAAUGUUUCCUUUUCCAUCCUGUUUUACUUUUGUUACAACACAUUUUAUCGGUGCAUUAUCACAAUUUAAUAAACUAUUGAUUCAUGAUUUA